GGACGAUUGCAUGCUUUGUUGUGAUACCCGCUGCUCCAAACCGCGUCGUAAACAUUUCUAGAAACAGUUUUAUUGCUCCGGAAUCCAUUUUGUUUCAUUCCGUGUUGCGCUUAAUUAUCCGCUAAAAUGCAAGACGAAAUGGAAGGAACCCAUUCGGAGGAGUCGGGUGGUAACCAAAUACUCAAGGUUUGCACGCCGCUACGCGAACAGGACCGAUUUCUUCCCAUCGCGAACAUUACCAAGAUCAUGAAGAAGUCCGUCCCGUCCAAUGGGAAGAUUGCAAAGGAAGCACGCGAAUGCAUCCAGGAGUGUGUGUCCGAGUUCAUAUCGUUCAUCACAUCCGAGGCAAGCGAUCGGUGCCACAUGGAGAAGCGCAAGACCAUCAACGGGGAGGACAUUCUGUGUGCCAUGUAUGCGCUCGGUUUCGAGAACUAUGUCGAGCCGCUAAAACUUUACCUGAGCAAGUAUAAGGAUACCAUCCUGUCCGAGCGUCACCUUUCGGAGGAAACCCACGAUCCAGCAAUAAUGGGAGAAUCGAGUCGACACGUUACCGAUACCGUAACGGCUCAGGUACUUCCGACCGUCAUCGGCAAUACGGAGAUCAUCUAUCAAACUGAUGGUAACACGCUCUACUUCAAGAACGAACCGUACGAGCAGAUGUGAUGUUAAUGUUAGCCGUUACGUUCACAACGUAUUAUUUUAACCUAUCUUAAGAUGCUUCUUUAUUUCCAAUAAAUGGUCACGAUUCGCCCUUUGCAUUUUGUAAA